UCGUCUGCGCUCGAGCUGCAAGCAGGUCUUCUGAUGGGGAUCCUCGCAUACCGUUAUAUUAUUCAUGUGUACGUACCGAGGUGAAUGCCACGAACCCCAUGAAGUUUGUCGGUCAACCUAGGUAACCCGACGAACUAUUCGGAAUGUCGUGUUGCGAAACAACGACCGCGAUAUCUCCGCAGGAAGAAGAUUGCCUCAAGGUUCGAAAGUGGUGGUGUUUUUUGUUGUCCAGUAUCUUCACAUUCUUAGCAGGACUGCUGGUAGUAUUGUUGUGGAGAGCCUUCGCGUUCUUGUGUUGCCGCAAAGAACCAGAAUUUUCUCCAAAUGACCCGAAACAGAAAGAACAGAAAGCCGCCCGACAGGGCAAGCAGGAGUUCGAAGGGACUUUUAUGACAGAAGCGAAAGACUGGGCCGGGGAGCUGAUUUCUGGUCAGACUACAACGGGGAGAAUUCUGGUAAGUCCACGCGCCCUUAACAGGAACUGCUUGUUUGUUCAGUAAGUACUAAAUUUGCACUGCUUACUACUCUGUCUCAAACAGCACUAAUGGAGAAUGCUGAG